GUGCUGAUUAAUGGAGAAAUCCGUGACGAUGCAGAACAACUUUUUAAAGAUUUGAAAAAGAAGAAAGUUGAUGCUGUGGAAGUGCAAAUGUUUAUAGACACUUGCGAAGAGGAGAAUAAGGAGAACGUAUGCGAAUCUCAGCUUGCUACAAACCUUCAUGAAGUGUCCUUUGAUAUUGAAAUUCGUGCAGCAGUGCCAUCCCGUUCCAAAAUAAAAUCAGUUGUGGAUGCGGUUAAGCACCACUUAUUAAGAAGCUUGACAGCACGAGCAGAACUCCAAUACGAAUCAAUGGAUAUUGUUGAAGAAGGUAGUGCAGCGCCCUGCUCUGUUCAUCAAAUGCCCAGACCGGCCACUACUGUUUUAUCCACUCAUCCAGCAAUCCUUUUGUCGGACUACCUGUUCGAGGCUGACACGAUUGAGGAUGCUCGGAAAAAUUUCGAUGAAUUGUUGGGACUGAAAACCAAUCUUGGUAAGUUUUUACAAAGAACCCGCCAAUUGGAAUCCAGGGUUGUAUCCGAGGUGGAGCCACUAAAUUGGAAAUAUAACCACAUCGACGAAGGUUGGGAGCGAAGCCUUGAAAUAAACGAAAUGGAGGCUGUAAGAGCACCACUUGACGAUACACCAGUUGUGAACUUCAAACCAAAAGAUGAUGAUAUCGGCUCAAUAUGUACCCUUUUGAUAGCUCUCUCUGUAAUAAUUGCUGUUGUUGGUGUAGUUGUCUACUUUGCGAUUGGUAGGUGA